AUGCAGCAGCAACAGGAGACUCCUGCUGAGUUGGAGACCACUGGUACGCAGCAACAACAGGAGACUCCAGCUGAGUUGGAGACCACUGGUAUGCAGCAGCAUCAGGAGACUCCAGCUGAGUUGGAGACCACUGGUACGCAGCAACAACAGGAGACUCCAGCUGAGUUGGAAGCCGCUAGUAUAGGGCAGCAGCAGGAGACUCCUCCUGAGUGGGAAACCAUUAGUACCUUCAGCACGCAGCAGCAACAAGAGACUCCAGUUGAGUUAAAUACUGCUUGUACGCAGCAACAACAGGAGACUCCACCUCAGUUGCAUCAGGAGAUUCCAGCCGAGUUAGAAACCACUGGUAAGCAGCAGCAAUGGGAGACUCCACCUCAGUUGGAAACCGCUUGUAGGCAGCAAAAACAGGAGACUCCAGCUGAUUUUGAAACCAUCAGUACGCAGCAGCAACAGGAGACUCCAGUCGAGUUAGAAACCGUUCGUAUGGAGCAGCAACAGGAGUCUCAGGAGUUGAAACCGCUAUGGGAGGAGACUCCAGCUGAGUUGGAAGCCGCUAGUAUAGGGCAGCAGCAGGAGACUCCUCCUGAGUGGGAAACCAUUAGUACCUUCAGUACGCAGCAACAACAGGAGACUCCACCUCAGUUGGUAACCGCUUGUAUGCAGCAGCAACAGGAGAGUCCAGCUCAGUUGGAAAAUGUUUGUGUGCAACAGCAACAGGAGACUACAGUUGAGGUGGAAACUGCUUGUACGCAGCAACAACAGGAGGCUCAAGCCCAGUUAGAAACCAUCUGUAUGGAGCAGCAACAGGAGACUCCAGCUGAGUUGGAAACCGCUAGUUUGCGGCAGCAACAGGAGACUCCAGCUGACUGGGAAACCAUUAGUAUGCAGCAUCAACAAGAGACUCAAGUUGAGUUAGAAACCGCUUGUAUGCAGCAACAACAGGAGACUCCAGUGGAGUUGGAAACUGCUUGUAUGGAGCAACAACAGGAGGCUCAAGCCCAGUUAGAAACCAUCUGUAUGGAGCAGCAACAGGAGACUGACACAGGAGACUCCAGCCGAGAUGGAAACCACUGA